CCUCAACACUGUUCAAACAGAGAUUAUACCACGACGAUACAACAAGACUCGUUUCCUUAUCCUAAAAUAUUUUCGGAAGACCUGUUUGAUAUUUCAUCGAUUAAUUGUUUUCCAAUAGAAGAACAAUUGUGUUUACUGCUAUGGCAAAAGGAGAAGGGAGUGAACAAUACUCCAACGCCAGUUUAUUGAAUAAACCUGUCGGCUCUGAUGUUAUCAAGCUCUCAUCAAAGAAGGAGAACAGGAACAGAUUGUCAGUCUGCAACAAGAUUUGCUAUGCCAUCGGCGGAGCCCCCUACCAGAUCACAGGAUGUGCCUUGGGGUUCUUUCUGCAGAUCUAUCUCCUGGACGUAGCUCAGCUUGAUCCCUUCUAUGCCUCCAUUAUCUUGUUUGUGGGCAGAGCAUGGGACGCAGUAACGGACCCCACAGUGGGCUUCCUAGUCUCAAGAAGCCCAUGGACACGCUUCGGACGCAUGCUGCCCUGGAUCCUGCUCUCGACCCCUCUGGCUGUCAUUUCCUAUUUCCUCAUUUGGUACGUUCCUCCCUUUGAGAAUGGAAAAGUCAUCUGGUACCUUGUGUUCUACUGCAUCUUCCAGUCCCUUCAAACUUGCUUCCAUGUGCCCUACUCUGCCCUCACCAUGUUCAUCAGCACGGACCAGAAAGAGAGAGACUCAGCCACGGCAUACAGGAUGACGGUGGAGGUUCUGGGCACUGUUGUGGGAACGGCCAUCCAGGGGCAGAUCGUGGGCAGGGCCAAUGCUCCCUGCCUCCCGGGACCUGGGGAGAUCUUGGCGAACCUAAGCAACGAUUCUCUGCUUGCCGGACACAAUAGCUCCGAGCCUGUCAUUUCCCUGGAUCACACGAAAACAGCCUACAUGAUUUCCUCCGGUGUCAUCAGCAUCAUCUACGUCCUCUGCGCUAUCGUCCUGUUCUUCGGUGUGAGAGAGCAAAAAGAGUCUUGUCGUCCCCGGUCAGAGCCCAUGGGUUUCUUCCAGGGGAUCAGGCUAGUGAUGGGACACGGUCCGUACGUCAAGCUGAUCAUGGUCUUCCUCUUUACCUCGCUCGCUUUCAUGCUCCUGGAGGGAAACUUCGCCCUGUUCUGCAGCUCCACACUGGGCUUCAGAAACGACUUCCAGAAUAUACUUCUUGUCAUCAUGCUUUCCGCUACUCUGGCCAUCCCCUUCUGGCAGUGGUUUCUGACUCGCUUUGGGAAAAAGACGGCGGUUUACGUUGGCACAUUGGCUGUGGUCCCCUUCAUGAUCCUGGUGGUGUGCAUUAAGAGCAACCUGAUCGUCACAUACGUCGUCUCUUUUGCUGCCGGGGUCGGCGUGGCUGCAGCCUUCCUGCUGCCCUGGUCCAUGCUGCCUGAUGUUGUCGACGAUUUCCAAGUGCAGAACCCCGACUCCACCGGCCACGAAGCUCUCUUCUACUCCUUCUACGUUUUCUUCACCAAGUUCGCGUCUGGAGUCUCCCUCGGCAUCUCCACACUCAGUUUAGAUUUUGCGGGCUACGUCAGUCGAGGCUGCUCUCAACCAGAGGAAGUGGAUAUAACACUGAAAGUGCUGGUCUCAGCCGCCCCCAUAGUUCUCAUCUUAAUCGGCCUGACGAUAUUAUACUCGUAUCCAAUCACAGAGGAGAAGAGGCAAGGCAACCGCAAACUGCUGCAGGAUCUGAGGGACAGCGAAGCAGAUUCAGAAACAGACUCGACAGAACUGGUCAUCAUGAUCUAGGACAUUUUAAGAGACCAAUCGGGUGAUCAACCUGCAUUUUGCACUGGGCGGGACCAACUUACCAUGGCCCUGUCGGAUCAUACAGACACUGCCUUGUCCGAUCACACUGCUGCUGUUCCAUCUCUGCAAAAAACUUCAUUGACUUAGAAAGAGUCGUCACUUCAGGCACGCUGAUGCCUAAACAAACAUCCUACAUUUGUGACUUUUUCCCCAGCAUGAAAUUCUCUCUGCUAUCUUUUUUUCUUGUUCAGUCAGACCUCAAAAGCCUUAUUUUUUGUACAACUACUUUUGGGUUCUGUGGAGAUCCUUUCUUUCCUUUUAAAGGUUGGCCUUGUUCUCAGUUGAAAUUGCACAAUAGCAUGAAAUGUGAUGGGAACACGUUAUGUAACUGCUGCCCUUUUAUAUCGGUGCUACUCUCUGCAGAUGAACAGUUUCCUUCUUGUACAUAAAACAUAUCGAGCAUUAAUGACCUUGAGCACUGAAAACCGUGUUGUUCUGAGACGUGAACAUCGUGAUAAAACUGAACAGUGAUUACGCCUUAAUACCAGACUUGUUUUGGGGUCAAAAAAUUCAAAAGUGUUGCUCAUCUACUUUGCUCUUUUGCCAUUGAUUUGGUGUUUUGAACGUCUUUUAAGCGUCUAAUAUUAUAACUAAUACUUAAAGUUUACUGUAAGCAGUCUAACAGUUUUCAUCUCAUUCCCAUCCAACUUGCUUUUUCCUUUUUUUUCCCAAGCCAUUAUAAUGUGAUGUUAAGAGGUGGGACAUCUACAUCUGUGAGAUUUAGUUCCCCGCCAUAGAAACGAAACCACUACAAAAGUAAAAGCCGUUUGGUUUGUAAACACAUAAAUGGCAUUAUCUAAUUUAUAGGACAGCUGCUGAAGAGCGGAAAAGCCUUUUUCUCUCCUAAUGCUUUCAUUACUUUAAUAAUGAGCGGCACGGCGACUACAGCCGCUACUGACAUAGUUAUAUCUUUAUUUAAAUAUUUAUAAUAGCUUUGAUUUUACUGUUUUUGAAUUCAUGUUGGCUGGAAAGUCAUGCUUCUUAUAAAUAUAUUUAAGGCUCUGAAGUCCCGUUGCCAUUUAAAGUUUCAUAAUGGGUUGGAAACGACAUUUUUAAACAUUCACACGUCUUUUAAUGGAUGUUGCCGUCACUACUACCUUUGCUCCAAAUGCAUUCAAAAAGGGAAGCACAUAAUUCUGAAAAAAGAAGAAUGGACGACCGGGGAGUACACUUGCUGAUGUAUUAUUUUGUAUAUAUGUGUGUUUAUUGAAGGAUUAGUGAUCAUCUCAAUCCCUGUGAAAGUUUGGAUUGACAUAUUUCAUAUCCGUUGAUAUGGAAAAUGUGUACAUACAGUGUCAUAUGUUAUACAUACUGUUACAUCAUUGACAUGUUGUUUAUGACAACAGGGAUGCCGAUGUGAAAAUGUUCAUAUUUCAUUAACUUUAUUAUUUUUGUGAGUGUUUUUCUUCUAACUGAAUGGGAUACUUUACAGGCCAACACAGUGCCAUUUUCACCCACUAACUCUGUGAUAAUUGCACAUCGUGUAAACGGUUUUAUGUGUCAGAGUUUUCUUUCGGUAGAAACCCCUCAUGACUCUUGAGGCAGUAGCCAAACGUGUGAGCUUUACCCCCUCCAGGGACACACUGAAGCCUUGUGAACAUGUCUCCUGUGCAUAUGUAUAUAUUGUAUGUAGACCUGUAAAUAUCUUUGAUAUUUGUGGCUGUGAAAUGAAAUAUGUACACUGCAAUGUAGUUAUUUAAGAAAAAGAUGUUGAGAUUUAAAAAAGUUAUUGUUAAUAAAUACUAAUUGAUAUGUGUACUGUGAACAAGUUUACAUUUCUUUACUUGAAGCAACUCAAACAGCCAAUAAAAGAAAAAAUGUAAAA